AUGUUGAUAUUGGGCAUAAAGACAGAGUUUGAAACUAGUGACAAAGGGUUCUUGAAGGUGGCUACCAUGAAAGGUGUUCUGAGGUUUGGAAGAAAGGGAAAGCUAAGUCCACGGUUUAUUAGGCCUUACGAGAUCUUGGAGCGAAUUGGCCCUGUGGCUUAUCGGUUAGCAACGCCACCGUCUCUUUCUACAUUGAAUGAGAACUUAAGUUAUGAAGAGAGGCCUACUCGAAUUCUCGCCAGGGAGAUGAAGACUUUACGCAAUAGGGAUAUAGCACUUGUGAAGAUUUCGUGGCAAAAUCACCAGUUCAAGGAGGCUACAUAG